AUGGAAGGCAUCAAACAGACCUUUGCAAAAUGCAAAGCAGAAAAGCGCUCUGCUCUUGUGACUUAUGUUACAGCUGGAUAUCCCACUGUUGAUGAGACGGUGGAUAUCCUUCUCGGCCUUGAAAAUGGCGGUGCUGACAUAAUUGAACUCGGCCUGCCGUUCACAGAUCCCAUUGCCGAUGGCCCAACCAUUCAAACCGCCAAUACGCAGGCAUUGCUGAAUGGUGUUACAAUUCCCAUGGUGCUGGACAUGGUCCGCACUGCGCGGAAGAGGGGUCUCCAGGCCCCCGUUCUGUUCAUGGGCUACUACAAUCCUCUGCUGCAGUACGGAGAAGAGCGCAUGCUCAAGGAUACAAAAGAGGCAGGCGCCAAUGGCUUCAUCAUGGUUGACUUGCCUCCGGAGGAGGCUGUGCGGUUCCGAGACCUGUGCGCAUCUAAUGGACUGUCAUAUGUCCCUCUUAUCGCACCCUCUACUUCGGAAUCCCGAAUGAAGCUACUGUGCAAGAUCGCAGACUCGUUCAUCUACGUGGUCUCCCGAAUGGGUGUCACCGGAGCCACGGGCACAUUGAGCACGGGUCUUCCCGAUUUGUUAAAACGAGUCCACAAAUACUCUGGGAACAUUCCUGCCGCAUUAGGAUUUGGUGUUAGUACUCGGGAGCACUUCCUUGCAGUCCAGAAGGACGCCGAGGGUGUUGUCAUUGGCAGUCAGAUCAUCAGCGUUAUCGGAAAGGCGCCUCAGGGCCAGAGGGCUCAAACUGUCGAGGAUUACGCCACCAGCAUCACCGGCCGGAAACUGGAACGCGACAGCAACGGUAAAAUUGUGAAUGUCAAGACGGUCCUGGAGGUUGUUGAGAAGCAGAUUCCAGAGGCAGGAGAAGCUCAGCCGACCGCGAUUAUCACAGAAGGCGAGGUUGGCGCCGGAAGCGGAUCACAGCCUGGACUGGCCGACCAGCUCGACGCUCUCAACAAUAAAACAGAUGACCCUGCUGCUCUGCCUUCGCGCUUCGGACAAUUCGGUGGCCAAUACGUUCCCGAGUCUCUUAUGGACUGCCUGGCUGAACUAGAGAAAGGAUUCAAUGAGGCCAGAAAUGAUCCCAAGUUCUGGGAGGAGUUCCGCUCAUACUAUCCGUACAUGGGCCGCCCAAGCAAGCUCCAUCUCGCAGACCGGCUCACAGACCAUGUCGGAGGUGCCAAUAUCUGGCUGAAGCGUGAAGACCUUAACCACACCGGUAGCCACAAGAUCAACAACGCCAUUGGACAGAUUCUGAUUGCGCGUCGAUUGGGCAAGACCAGAAUCAUUGCCGAGACGGGUGCUGGUCAGCACGGUGUGGCAACGGCCACUGUUUGCGCCAAGUUUGGCAUGAAGUGUGUUGUCUACAUGGGAGCUGAAGACGUCCGUCGUCAGGCGCUGAACGUUUUCCGCAUGAGACUAUUGGGAGCUGAGGUUGUCGCAGUGCAUGCCGGCAGCAAGACUCUCCGAGAUGCUGUCAACGAAGCCAUGCGAGCCUGGGUCGUUGAUCUCGACACCACCCACUAUAUCCUUGGUUCUGCAAUUGGCCCGCAUCCAUUCCCCAUGAUUGUGCGAACCUUCCAGUCCGUCAUUGGAGACGAGACCAAGGAGCAAAUGAAGGAACUCAUCGGCGGGCUCCCCGAUGCAGUUGUUGCCUGUGUCGGAGGCGGAAGUAAUGCCGUGGGCAUGUUCUACCCGUUCUCCAACGACCCCAGCGUCAAGUUGGUGGGCGUGGAAGCUGGUGGUGACGGUGUCGAAACCGGCCGUCACGCGGCCACAUUGAGCGGCGGCUCGCUGGGUGUCCUCCACGGUGUGCGUACGUAUAUUCUGCAAGACGAGCAUGGCCAGGUCUCCGAAACCCACUCGGUGUCUGCCGGUCUUGACUAUCCUGGUGUUGGGCCUGAGCUCAGUAACUGGAAGGAAAGCCAGCGCGCCAAAUUCGUUGCUGCGACCGACGCUGAGGCCUUCCAGGGCUUCCGUCUGCUCUCGCAGUUGGAAGGUAUCAUUCCAGCACUGGAAUCAUCUCAUGCUGUUUUUGGCGCCAUCGAGCUCGCCAAGUCGAUGAAAAAGGGCGAGAACAUUGUUCUGAACCUUAGUGGCAGAGGUGACAAGGACGUCCAGAGCGUGGCCGAAGAGCUCCCUCGUCUCGGACCCAAGAUUGGAUGGGACCUUCGGUUUUAA